AUGAAGUUCAGCUUGAUCUGGUCUCUGAGCCUGCUCUUGACUGUACAUGCUGCAGUUAUUCCACGACCUGCUGAGUCCUCGAUGUCUCUCGAAGCAGGUGUCCGCGCCGCUGAAUAUGAAGCUAGUGGUAUUCAUGAGAGAUCUGCAUUGCCAAAUGAUGAGGGCGACGACAAUAAGGUGGAUGAUGAGGACAAUACUGUUAUCGGGGAAGGGUGGUAG